AUGCAUUCAGUCACAACCAUUCUAAUCAUCACACUUUCGGUAUUCUCCAAGAAGGUUAGAAGAACUAACAGCAAAAAGACGAUGAUAUUUAAAGAACAAGGAUUGACAACUGAAAUGAUUGACUAUGAAAAGAGGCAUAAUACUUUACAAGAGGUCCACCAGGCACCAGUCCAAACAGAAUACCAACAAACAAGUUUAGUAUAUCAACCUACAGGAAUCUCAAAGAACUAA